CCCCCCCCCUCCAUGCCCUUCCCUCCCUCUGUGCCCUUCUCGCAUUCUCGCUCCGUUGGCCCGCCGCAAAAUGUCCACAGGGGCGCCAGACCACCAGCUGGCACUCAGUCUGUCGCAAAGUGCGGUCGAGCCCGUUCCACGGCCUUUUGCCCCGAACUCAUUCAUCCUGACGCGUGAUGGUGCUCGGGUUUCUCGUCAGGCCAGCUUUUAUGGGUCACAGAACCUCAUCCUCGCCGGGCAGGCUGUCAUUGAAGAAGGGGCAAUCUUGCGAUCGGACCUUCGUCGGAUCCGCACCCGCGCGGCGGCCCCGCCCGCCGGCGACCAAGCAUCCGGCCAACCGCAGCAGCCGCAGAUGCCCCGAUACUCGCAGUCCUUUGGCGUGGGCGUGAUUGUGGAGUCGGGUGCGGUGGUCCGGCCGCCGGGGAAAAUCACCGGCGGUGGGACCAUCUUCGACUACUAUCCCCAGGAGAUUGGGCCUCAUGUGCUGAUCGGGGCCGGAGCCGUGGUUGAGGCGUCGCUGAUCGAUUCACGCGCGCGCAUUGGUGCCGGCGCCGUGGUCGGGCGCUUUGCCACGGUGCAUGCUGAUGCCGUGGUUUGCCCGGGGGCAGUGGUGCCCCCCUACUCGUCGGUUCCGCCUGGGGCUGUGGUCGCCGGCAACCCGGCCACCGUGGUGGCACACCAGCGUCCGGGGCUCCAUUCGGCGGCCGAGGUGUCUGAGCGCAAUCAGGACGACAUCUACCGAUCGUAUGUGGCCGUGGCUGGUCUGGGGGUUGCACCAGUGCCCGGCUCGACGCCGGCUGGCUCGGCCUCGGCCUCAAGCUCCUCGGCAUCGCUGACAUCGGCACGUACGCAGUAAUCCCGCAUGCCUCCCCCCCCCCC